GAUCGGCUUUGUUGAUCUCAUUAGAAAAUAAUAUUUUCUAGUGUGGGUGUCCCAAGUAGUGGGAUUGUUUAUUAUAAUGUACUCGUAUUUAAAUUAUCUCAGUGCCAGUAUCAGUGUAGCGUAGGGCUGCGGUUCCGUGUAGCGUGUGUAAAGUGGAACAUGUUGAACGUGCACAGACUAUGGGUUCUAUCCAGCCUCUGUGUGAUUGUGACCGUCGUUCUAUAUUUCCAGUCAGAAAUAGCACGUAUGGAGGACAGCUACCGCAAAUUGGAGUUCAGAGUAGCACAGUCACACUCAACCUCCAGGCAAUUCUUCACAAGAGACCUACAGAAAGAUGAUGAUGACCUAGUAGUUAUUUACAACAGGGUACCCAAGACUGGGUCCACAAGUUUUGUAGGUGUAGCCUACGAUCUGUGUAAGAAGAAUCACUUUAAAGUACUCCAUAUCAACAUAACUGCCAACAUGCAUGUAAUGUCCCUCAAUAACCAGUAUAAGUUUGCUCAAAAUGUGACCAGAUGGCAGGAGGUGAAGCCAGCGCUGUAUCAUGGGCAUAUGGCAUUCCUUAAUUUUGAUAGAUUGGGUACUACAUCGAAGCCUAUUUUCAUUAACCUCAUAAGGAAACCCUUAGAUAGACUCGUAUCGUACUAUUACUUUUUACGAUACGGGGAUAAUUUCAGACCGCACCUCGUGAGAAAGAAACAUGGCGAUAAAAUGACAUUUGACGAGUGCGUGGAGCAGUCUCAGCCGGACUGCGACCCGGACAACAUGUGGUUGCAGGUGCCAUUCUUCUGUGGGCAUGCUGCAGAGUGCUGGAAACCCGGCAGCCCCUGGGCGUUACAGCAAGCAAAACACAACCUCGUAAACAACUACCUUCUAGUGGGAGUCACUGAAGAAAUGCUAGACUUCAUCUCCGUACUAGAGCAAGUUUUGCCCCGCUUCUUCAAAGGAGCCACCGAGCAUUACCUGAGCAGCAAUAAGUCCCAUCUGAGGCAAACCAGCUCGAAAAUAAACCCCUCACAACGAACCAUAGAGUCCAUACAGCAGUCAAAUGUAUGGAAAAUGGAGAAUGAACUCUAUGAGUUCGCAUUAGAACACUUUAAGUUUGUCAAAAGAAAAAUUUUGCUAAGAGAACCGAGUAGUGUAGCCCAAGUGUAUUUCUAUGAGAAGAUACGACCGAAAUGAGAUCUUAUUUACUAGCUAAUAUAGUUUAAUUUACUUUGUUCGAAUAGAAAUUUCAUAUCGAGAAACUUAAAAAAAAUGUAACUUAGGAAUAUCCAAGUAUUGUAUACACAUGUAUAUAUUUUUAAAAAUAUAUACAUAUGUAUAUAUUUUUGUUUUUUAACGUUUUUGUAUUCAAUACACGUCUGCCUUUCUCUAUUGUUUUUUAAAAGCUGCAAGUGCUUUUUAGUUGUCAUUCAAAAAACGACCUUAUCUUAUUUGAAUACAGUAAUGUACUUUGAAUACAAAAUUGUUACUGUUAUUACGAAUCAAUUGGAAUUGAAAGUCCAUAGAAAAACGGUUGCAGCAUUUUCAGUUCUGUUUUCGAUAAUCUAAAAAAGUCAAUUUACAGUGUUUUAUGCGUAUUGUGUAAAAGUCUUUACAGACAUCGAUAGAUGGCGUCACUAGUACAAUAAAACGCACUGUAGAGGCGCACGAAAUAUUUUUUAACUGAAAUUGCGAAUGCGUCGAACUGAAAUUACUAUUCGACCAAAAUAUAGUAUAUUGUACAGUAACUGUAUGUAGUAUUUGUAUGUGGUAGCGAAACAUUCCAUUUAUUUUAUAAGUUACACAUAGUAAUGGUUAUCUUUACGUUAUUUAUUUAUAUAAGGUGUUACUCAGUUGUGUAGGUUUACAAUAUAAACGUAGGGCCAUGGCUUUAUUUCAACAGCGAUGCAACUGCCACAACAUCGUUACAUCACAUAGGCGUUGGCUGACACUGACACUUUUCUGGUAUUGGCUAAAAUUGCCAAUAAUUAAAUAUGGGACAUUAAAUUAUUGGCCAUUUUAGCCCCCCCCCCCCCCUAACCCCCCCCCCCCCCUCUCCCUAAAAUAUAAAGAUCGUUGUCAAAGCCUUGGCCCCGGGGAAAUCUCUUAUGAAAAGACCAAACAAGUGUUUGUCGUUGUGAAUUAAUUAUAUUUGCGGUUAAAUUAUUAUCACUAAAAGACAUCUUUAUGGGUUGAAUAUAAGGUUAUCGGGAAAUAAAGCUGGUAAUCUCUUACGUUAUGAAAUCUAAAGAAAGGUGGCUUACCUUUCUUUAGAUAGCCGCACUUUGGAUGCGUUGUCAAAUUCGUGAGGCUAGACUUGUGCUGUGACUGUUGCAGUGCCGAGCAGCCUUUCAAAUUCAAAUACAAAAUAUUUUUAUUCAAUUAGACUUUUACAAGUUCUUUUGAAUCGUCAAAAGCAUCUACCACUGGUUCGGAAUGCCUUUCCUACCGAGAAGAACCAGCAAGAAACUCGGCGGUUGCUCUUUUCAAAGAUUUGAUACACAAUAUAAUGCCAUGUAAAUAUAAAAGCAAUCGAGUUCCCGCGCAUUGCUGGAGCAAGCUGCAGGUCAAAUGCUUGCUCUUGAAAUUCCGUGGGAACUCUUUGA